UUUCUGUUUUAACAUCUCUCCCUUAUUUUGUCCGUGUCCGCGCUCUCUCUCUCGCACUCGCCGCCGUGAACGUAACGGUCCUCGUCUUCGCAUUUCGCCGGAGAUUCCAUCUGUUCGCCGGUGAUUCACUCGAGAUUCCGGAAUCUGUCUCGCUGAAAUCUCUUUGGCAGUAUCUUGCUUCGCUCUCAUCACCCUCAUUUCGUCGAAGAACGAUUUUUUAUUUUCUAUCGGAUUGAAGAAAAGAGGUGUACAAAAUGAUUGGAUCUUUUCUAACAAGAGGACUUACUAUGGUUUUUGGAUACGCAUAUCCUGCUUAUGAGUGCUAUAAAACAGUUGAACAGAACAAGCCUGAGAUUCAACAGCUUCGGUUUUGGUGCCAAUAUUGGAUAUUGGUGGCUGUUUUGACGGUUUGCGAAAGAGUUGGCGAUGCUUUUGUCUCAUGGGUUCCGAUGUACAGCGAGGCCAAGUUGGCAUUUUUCAUAUAUCUUUGGUACCCGAAGACCAGAGGCACUACAUACAUCUAUGGUUCCUUCUUUAGGCCAUAUGUCGCGAAGCAUGAAAAUGAAAUUGAUCGCAACUUGAUUGAGUUGAGGACUAGAGCUGGUGAUAUGGUUGUGUUAUACUGUCAAAGAGCAGUGACUUUUGGACAGACGAGAUUCUUCGAGAUCCUGCAGUUUAUUGCAGAACAAUCAACACCCAAACCUCGGUCUCAGAAAAAACAACCAACACUACCGGCAUCAUCAGCACCGGAACCUCCUCAACAACAGGCUCCUAAAGCGAGCCAACCUCCUAAUAAUCCUCCUAUCCAUCUACCUUCCAAGAAAUCACAACCUCUGCUAUCCAAAGAGCCUCUAUCCCCGAAACCUACCUCAUCUCCCUGGCAGAAGCAACAACAAACCGAGAUCGUGGAAACAAAACCAAGCCCUUCACAAAACAAAGCCACUCCUCCACCCUCACCCUCACCCUCACUCUCAACUACCCCAAAAGUGAAAAAUGCUCCAUCACCCCCUGAGAAACCUGCUGAGUCUGCACCAACCGAGACUGAGGCAUCGCAGAUUGUAGCCGCGUCAUCGAAUUCUGCAGAUAAAAGAAGCGUUCUGCCGUCAUCCAAAGAGUCAAUCAUGGAAGAAACAAUCAGGGUUACGCGCGGGAGACUGAGGAAAGCCCGUUCAACUGGAACACGCUGAAAGAAAAGUGUUGAAUCUGCCAUUUUCAGACAUGGAUGGUGGAAACUGCAUACGUAUCGGCAAUAAGGGGAAGGUAUGUUUUAGGUGCUUCAAGACUUUUAGGUUUGUUAUAUUUGACUGUACAAUACUUGAAGUGAACCAAACUCUUAUGAACCGGUUUGAUCAGUGCUAGUCUCCCAACCGGUUUUCGGUUUAAUACUCUUCAAUUGAAGAGAGAAGCUUAACCGGUCCGAUCCGACCUUUCCAUCA